AUGUCUGUAGCAAACGGAAUCCCAAAGUCUGUCCAUAUCCAUUCGACGAGCAUCGUUCCAUUCUGUAACGAAGACUUGGAGCUUUGUCCUGUUCGUUGUCCACAGUGCGAAAACUACAAGAGACAGCAUGAUCAUUAUCCUGUUGGCGUAACGGGUGAGCAUUGGCAACAGCUCCUGUGGCACGAUGACCAAGUCUGUGACGCUUGCAAAGCGGAAGAUGAUAAAGAGAAGGAGGGAAAUAAAAAAGAAGAUGAUGAGAAGAAGGAUAGACGCAGAAAGCACGAUCUCGGCAGAUGGGCAAGGAACAAUGCAAAACGGAGAGAAAACAAGAUCGAAAAAAGCAGACUUAACAAGGAUCAAAUCGCAGACUACUUCCGAGAACGAGGUGAAAAGAACAAGAACGGUCUAACUUCGGAUUUCCGCACGAAGCAGAAAGAAACAAAGCCUCCUAGCCACUCCUCGCCCAAGCCAAUUAACAUUCACCGAAAUAUGGCUUUGAAGCCCCACCAGAUCCCAGAAACAAAGUCCGCGCCCAGAGCUACCAUUGCGAAAGAGACGAAACCACCGAAACGCUUCAUGUCGCCUCCCAAAGCUACCCAAAAGCCUCCCGUUCGAUCCUCGCCAAAGCCAACUACCAUCCCCCGUAACAUGGCUUUGCGGCCCCGCCAGAUUCCACAACAGAAGUCUGAUCCUAAAUCUUGCUUUUUGAGGGGGACGAAGCGACCGAAAAUCUCUGGAUCACCUGCCAAAAUCACCCGAAAGCCAUUAUUCUCAGGGCAAACUGCCAGGUUUGGGGAGAAGUCUAGGAAAAUGCAGAGCUCGGAGAGCGCCAAAAAGACGGGGGUAUCACCAGCGCAAAAGUCAAAUGGUCUGUCCAUACUUCCCAAGAAGAAGACCUCGCAGCCUUGA